AUGGGAGAUAGCCUCCUAAACAGCUGUGAACUCUAUUCACCGCAGGAGGACAGAUGGUACCCACUGCCUCCGAUGAAAGAACGGAGAUUUUAUGCGGCGGCAGCUUCACUGCCUGACGGUCGUGUGUUUGUGAUUGGUGGCAUUGGUUCGUCUGACGACGAACUCUCCUCUGUGGAGGGCAGCAUUUUCGUGGCUGGGGGUAUCGACGAUAAUGACGAAGGUAUGGACACAAUUGAGGUCUUCACCCCACCUAACAACCCGGAAGAAAUGGGUCAAUGGACAACACUCACUAACAGUACGGUUAACGGGCCUUUUGUUCAACUCGUCGUUUGGCAGGAAAGGCUCUUCUCUUUCUGUAAGUUCACAAUCAUGUCUCCGAAUAUUAGUGCAUUUUGCUGCCUCCGACCUUGCGCUGUUCAUAUUCCCAAAAUGAGCAUUUUGCAGAUUCCCGCUAUCUGCCGGUGGACUGUAGAGUCGAUUGAACGCUGCCCAUUUAUAUGA